GACGGUGGCGGCGCGUUGACUCCUGGCAGUGAGGCAGCCAAUGCUUGGGACGGUGACCCUGACACGUUCUACGAUGCCUUAGCAGCCUCCGGGAGCUUCACAGCUGCAGAACUCCAGCAGAGCCACCACCUGGGCGCCAUUCACUUUGUAGCGAGGAAAG